AUGACUGGCAAGGAGGCAGCACAGCUGGCGGCCUCCAAGUCUUCCGUCCCAGUCUCCCGCAAGAGCGGCGAUGUGCAAGAGCAUGCGGAUCACGUGACCCACUGGGUGAACGGCAAGGUUCCGGGAACGGCUGCAGUCGCCUACCUGGAGUCCGCCCCGGAUGGUGGCCACCUGGGCAAGCUCAUCUUCAAGGACAUCGCUGACGACCAGAAGGUUGUCAAGGAGGUGGAGGCGAUCGCCAAGCGCUUCAUUUCCUGGGAUAACAGCAAGUGCCUGCACAGCUUCAAAGCCCGCUAUCAAGGCACGCGACGUUUGCUCGGUCCUCUUGCGUUGACUUCGUACGGAGACAUGGUGAAGGUGGGGCUUGUCACGACCACGACCACGGAACCGGAAACCACGACCCAGGCGAAGGCAUAUUACGGUCGCAAGUGGUCCCGCUGGUGGUCCUGGAAGAAGGGCUACUCAGGCUACCCCCAGUCGACACCAAGCCUUGUUCAGGACGGCUCAUCGGACACCGUACAUUUUAUGCAGAUUGACAAGAAUGGCAGCCACAAAGAGCUGUGA